AUGGUCAAACCGCAGACGCUUAGAGCCUCGGCAUCGAAGAGCUCUGUCGUGUGCGAAUGGGCUAUCGCCGUCCAAGUCUGUGUCAGCACGGCGGUAGUCCUAAUUGCCGGCUUGUCUUUGGGGGCCAUAAUGACCCUGAAAGAGAAGACCGAGCCUGCCAAGGGCAAGAAGGCAGCGGCUGCAAAGAAGGUCACCUUCGCCGCUGGACCCGAGGUUGAGGCUGGGUCUAGCACCAACGGCCCAGUCCCAAGCCCCAUCGGAGAUGUAAUCACGGUAUGCGCCAGCGGCCUGGAGACUGACAGCGGCACCCCCAUCUAG